CUAGCACUGAAACAAUGGAACUAGAUAGCAGUAUUGAAAUACCUGCUGAAAAAACUACUAUUCUUAGGGGUCGUGACUCUGAAGUUUUUAUGUGUGCGUGGAAUCCAACCAAUGAUUUGCUUGCUGCUGGAUCAAGAAAUACAGCGCGUAUUUGGGAUAUGACUGACAGUUCGAGUUGCCCUUCUCAACUUAAAUUGAAACAUUGUAUUCAAAAAGGAAGAACUAAAAUAUCCAGUAAUAUAGAUGUUUCUUCCCUUAGUUGGAAUUCUGCUGGAACAUUAUUAGCCACUGGUUCAUUUGAUGGUUAUGGUCGAAUUUGGAUGACAGAUGGCAGAAUAUCAAGCAUUCUUGAUCAACAUAAGGGUCCAAUUAUUUGUUCAAUAUGGAAUAAAAGUGGAGAUUAUAUACUCAGUGCCGGAAUCGAUAAGACUAUUAUUGUUUGGGAUGCUGCUUCAGGCCAGUGCAAACAGAAAUUUGCAUUCUAUACAGAACCACCAUUGGAUGUAGAUUGGGGAUCAAACAGUAGUUUUGCAUCAUGCGGUACUGAUAAAUGUAUACACGUUUGUCAUUUAGGUGUUGAUCGACCAGUAAAAUCUUUCCAAGGGCAUACAGAUGCUGUUAAUGCUAUUAAAUGGGAUCCUCAAGGAAAUCUAUUAGCUUCUGGUUCAGAUGACAUGACUUUGAAGAUAUGGUCUAUGAAACAAGAUACCUGUGUACUUGACUUACAAGCACAUAAAAAAGAAAUAUAUACAAUAAAAUGGAGUCCAACUGGUCCAAGAACUGCUAAUCCAAACAUGAAUCUAAUACUUGCUAGUGCAUCAUGUGAUUCAACUGUAGGAUUGUGGGAUGUUGAGCGAGGUGCAUGCAUACAUACUAUGACCAAGCAUACUGAACCUAUCUACAACAUAGCCUUCUCACCUGAUGGAAAGUUUUUGGCAUCUGGCAGUUUAGAUAAAUGUGUUCACAUUUGGUCAACACAAAGUCAUCAAUUAAUUAAUAGUUUCAAAGGAACGGGUCGUAUUUUUGAUGUUUUCUGGAAUUCCAAGGGUGAUAAAGUUGGGGCAAGUGCAUAUGAUGGAAGUGUAUUUGUAUUGGAUCUACGAAAACUCUAAUUCUUUUGGCAAAAUUUAUUUUUAUAUUGAGUUUUCCCUAUUUUGGAUAC